CAAGGACAUCCUUUUCAUGCAGACUGAAGUCAGAUUCAUUGCUAUUGCGAAGAAAACAACAUCACUGAUCUUCGUCAGCUAAUUCCUGAUCAGUUGGAGAAAAUUGGCAUAGAGGAUAGUAUCCAUCUUCCAAUCUACAACACUAUGGAAAAUCAACAUGACACCGAAGAAAGCAAGGUGUUUAAUGAUCCCAUCCAUGGCCACAUCGAGUUGCACCCACUUCUUGUCAAAAUCAUAAACACCCCUCAGUUCCAGAGACUACGAAACAUCAAGCAACUUGGGGGGGUUUAUUUUGUUUAUCCAGGAGCAUCUCACAAUCGCUUUGAACACUCGAUUGGGGUGGCACAUUUAGCAGGUGAGCUUGCAAAAGCUCUGAAGGUGAAGCAGUUGGAGCAGAUCAAGCGAAUGGAGGAGUUGGAGAAGAUGAGCACGAACCUGGAGGUUGUGAAGUUUGGACCUGAGGAUGUGAAGAAGUUAGCGGAGUUGAAGGAAUCACUGAUCAGUGACCAAGAUGUUCUCUGUGUGCAGAUUGCCGGUCUUUGUCAUGACCUAGGACAUGGGCCCUUUUCUCAUUUUUUUGAUGGGAUGUUUAUGGAUGCAAUCAAAAGAGACAAAAAAGGCAAAGCAGACAAAGAAGUCAUAAACAAAGAAUGGACGCAUGAGAAGGCCUCUAUUGAAAUGUUUAAUUACCUACUGGAUAAAAAUGACUUAAAAAAAGUGAUGAAGACAUAUGGACUGAAAGUAGAUGGCAAAGAUAACAAUGACCUGGAGUUCAUUGAAGAAAUGAUUGAGAAACCUCAGGAUAAAAAACCUCUGAAUGAUGCAGCUCAGGAUAAUGAACCUCAGAACAAUGAUGCUUCCAAGAAGUGGCCGUAUAAAGGUCGAGAAGAGAAAAAAUCCUUUCUCUAUGAAAUUGUGUCAAACAAGGAAAGCGGGAUUGAUGUUGACAAGUUUGACUACUUUGCCAGGGACUGCCACCACCUGGGCAUCCGGAACAACUUUGACCAUCAACGCUUCAUCAUGUUUGCCAGGGUGUGUGAUGUGAAUGGGAGGAAGCACAUUUGCUCUAGAGACAAGGAAGUGGCAAACCUGUAUGACAUGUUCCACACAAGGAACUCUCUCCACAGAAGAGCCUACCAGCACAGAGUAACCAAGAGUGUAGAAAUUAUGAUCAAAGACGCCCUCUUGAAAGCAGAUCAUCACAUCCUGACUAAAGGUUCAGGAGGGACAACGCUCUGUCUCUCCAAAGCUAAAACUGACAUGGAAGCCUACACAAAGCUGACAGAUCAAGUGAUUGAAAGAAUACUCCACCCUUGUUCUUGUUCAAAUGAAUUCACUCCCUCUCCUCUGGAGGAAGCAAGGAUGAUUCUGCAGAGGAUCAUGUCUCGAGACCUGUACCAGUUUGUGGGUGAAACCAAGCUCAAGAAAGAAGACCAAGAGGAAAUAAAAAAGAUGAAGGACAGCUUGGAAAAUGAACUGGUUAAAGUUAUUUCAAAAGACAGCUUUGAAAUUACUGUUGUCACUUUGGACUAUGGGAUGAAAAACAAGGACCCCAUCAAUACCACAUAUUUCUACACUAAGGCUAACCCUACUGAAGCAUUCAAGAUUCCCAGAGAACAGGUGUCCAAGCUUCUCCCAGUGUGCUUUGCUGAGAAGAUCCUUAGAGUUUACUGUAAGAACUCAGCCAGUCUGAGAGAUGCUAAGUUCUGCUUUCAAAGAUGGUAUCACGAAAAUGACUUUCUAACUGAGGAUCGAGACAGAGCAACUCCAUGAAAUGAAGAUGUGAAACACUGAGAAAUUAGAUUUUUUGUGUUACUUCAGAGAUUUAAAAACAGGUAAAUCAGCAAACUAAAGUGGUUUGAUGAAUAAAAUAUUUAUGACACAUUUUCACUAUAAUCAAACUAUAUAGCUCAACCUGGCCAAAGGUUUAGAUAAAGGCUGCUGCUGUGAUUUGCUCAUUGUGUGAAAAAUCAUUAUUUAUUAUAUAACAGGUCUCUAGAUGAAAAUUUUACCAAAGGAUAACAGAAUCUUUCUGCUGUUUCAUCUUUAGAUUUGUUUACUGCUGGUUUCUGAUCAAUUCAAAAUAAAGUUUCUUUUCUC